AUGGCAUCCAGCAGAGUCCGUCGGGUAGCCAAGGAGCUGAACGACAUGAAGGCCGACACCACGUCCAAGGUCACCGCCGAGCCUGCUAACAGCACUGGUGACCUGACCCAUCUGAAGGCCUGCAUACCUGGUCCGCCCAGUACCCCCUAUGAGGGCGGCCACUUCAUCGUCGACGUCAAGAUCCCGGGCGAAUACCCCUUCCGCCCGCCCAUAAUGAAGUUCGACACCAAAGUUUGGCACCCCAACAUCAGCAGUCAGACCGGCGCCAUCUGCCUCGACACUCUCAGCACCGCCUGGUCUCCCGUUCUGACCAUCAAGUCCACUCUUCUCUCCCUCCAGUCCCUCUUCGAAAGCCCCGAGCCCAAAGAUCCCCAAGAUGCCGAGGUCGCCAAGAUGAUGAUCAACGACCCCGAAGGCUUCAACAAGAAGGCACACGAAUGGGCCGUCGCCUACGCCGGUGCCCCGAAAAACCCAAAGUUCCAAUCUGUCCAGGCGCGAUCCGCCAACGCGCCCCUGCAAGUGGAUGACAGCCGGUAUCAAGGGUACAACAAGGAGCUUAUUAACAGAUUUGUCAACAUGGGCUUUGAUAUCGACCGCGUUGUGGAGGCUUUCCAAUACGUUGGAAUCGAAACAUAUGAUGGCCAGGAUGUUGAACUGGAACAAGCAUAUAUGGGUGACAUCACCGCCAGAUUGCUUGGGGAGCCCUAA